UUAAGAAUUCUCUUGACCAAUUCCUUCAACUAGACUUUGAGAUAGAAAAACUGAAAACAACCUUCUUUCUCAAGUUGCCCACACUUUUGAACAACUACAAAGACAAGAAAACCAAAAAGAUGAAAAGAGAGGGCAGGUUGCAUGGCAAGGUUAGAGCUCAUGCCAAACUCUUGCAACAAUUCAAUCCAAAGCUCAAGCUUGAAGAGGUUGUUAACAUCUCCGGCUAUUCUCCGGUCACCGGAGAACACACCCGGGUAAUCUCUAAGCCAACAAACCACUCCAAAUACACCGGAAAAUGCCGAAAACCCAGGUGCUUGGAAUGCCACUCUCACCCUGUGACUAAGUCUAGAGACAAGGCCAAGGGUGCAUAUAAACUCAAGUCAUGCAAUGUUUUGAUGAAUCAUAAGCUUGUUUCAUGGAGAGUUAUUGCUGGCAAUGGAAAUGGUUUGAAGUAUUCAGGGAUUUCAGCAAGUGAAAUGUUGAGACAAUUGUUAGAUGAUGAUGUUUGUGAUGAUCAUGUGAAUUAUGAGAAUGAUGAGAAUUUUGAUGAGUUUGGUGAAGGACAUGAAGGAGAAGAAGAAGAAGAAGAAAAACAAGGUGGUCUGAUGAUGAUGAUGAUGAUGAUGGAGUUAAUGAAGAUGGUGAUUGGGAGUUCUGUGACUUUGGAUUUGUUUUGGAGUUGUUGGAUGGAGGGGAUUGGUGUGUUGUGACAGAGGCUUGAUUUGUUCAACUUCAAACAAGUUCAUUGUUGGUUUGAUGUUGUUGUUGCAAAUUAAGCUUGUCAUUUGUUAGUUGUAAUUAUGCAUGUAUGUUGAUUAAUAUUGUGAUAAUAAGAAUGCAAUUUAUUUUA